CCCAUCGCGCCCAACGUUCUCCAAGUUGAGUGGGCCAUAGUUCGCGCCAAACAUGCCGCUGGCCUCCCCCCAUCAUUCCCCAAUGGCGGUCCCCAAGCCUCAGACCACCUCAAUGUUCAAGAAACGCUCCGCGACUUCGCUGUCGGCAAUGGCGUCGGCGGCCUCAUAUCUGUCGGCUCUGUCGCAGGCGGACGCCAGGGCAAGGGGGACUUCCAACGGCUCGCCCACGUCGACCCCUGCGCUGUCCAUUUCGUCGUCGAUCACAUCUUCGUCAGAGGACACCGUGUUGCAUGAAGACGAGGACAAUUCGCAUGGCCUGUCGCUGCCAGCGAGGCCUCCCACGUCUGAGCAGGUGUUCACGACCGUGCACACCGAGUUUGGACACUGUGCCAACGAAGAGUAUCGUAUGACAUCCAAGCACACACCCGGCGAGGAUGUGCCAGGUCACAUCGAACAGGACCCUCCCUACUACAUCCUCCUCUCCACCUAUAUCAGCUAUCUUAUUCUUAUAGUCUUGGGACACGUUCGGGACUUUAUUGGCAAGCGUCUCAAAUCUGCGUCUUACCAGCACUUGAUACCCAGAGAUGGAUAUGCACCUCUCAACUCGGAUUUCGAUUCUUUCUAUACCCGGCGGCUGAAAACUAGGAUGGACGAAUGUUUCUCUCAACCUGUCACCGGUGUCGCUGGCCGUACGAUCAUGCUCCUCGACCGCAUCUCACCUGACUACAACCACACCCAAAUCCUUACCGGUACCAAGACCCGCGCACUUAACAUCUCGUCUUACAACUACCUCGGCUUUGCACAGGCUCGCGGUGGAUGUGCGGACGCUGUCGAAGAAAGCAUCAGGCGUUACGGCGUCUCGACCUGUGGUUCUCGGCUUGAAGGUGGCUCGAGUGAUUUGCACACCAGCAGCGAGGCCUUGGUAGCCAAGUUUGUUGGCAUGGAAGAUGCUCUGAUCUGUUCCAUGGGUUUCGCCACCAACUCGACGUACAUCCCAGCACUCGUGUCCAAAGGUUGCCUAGUCAUCUCCGACGAGCUCAAUCACGCAUCCAUCCGAUUUGGCGUUCGUAUCAGCGGUGCCCAUGUCAGACUGUUCAAGCACAAUGACAUGAAGAGCUUGGAAAACUUGCUGCGGGAAGUCAUCAGUCAGGGGCAACCUAAAACCCACCGACCAUGGAAGAAGAUUCUCGUCAUUGUUGAGGGCUUGUACAGUAUGGAGGGAACUCUUGUUAACUUGCCUCGUAUCAUUGAAUUGAAGAGGAAGUACAAGUUCUACCUCUUCGUCGAUGAGGCACACUCGAUCGGUGCUAUGGGUCCUCACGGCCGCGGUGUUGCGGACUACUUCGGCAUCAAUCCUCGCAACAUUGAUAUUCUCAUGGGCACAUUCACGAAAUCCUUCGGUGCCGCUGGUGGCUACAUUGCUGGCAGCAAGGCUAUCAUCGAUCGACUCCGUGUGCAUGGACACUCGGGACCUUACGCAGAAGCAAUGACGCCUCCCGUCCUUACUCAGGUUGUUGCAUCCAUGGCCAGUAUCAUGGGUGUGACUGCCCCUGCCGCCUCGACAUCCUCUUCCACUCUCCGCCUCGCAUCCGCCCCUGCUUCCGUCGAGGAAGAAUACGUCCAUCCCGGUCCCGCUCCUCAUUCCAGCCUCCCACAAUGGCUAAACCUCCCUGUCCAACUCUCUUCCGGUUCCGAAGGUCAAGCCCGGCUCCGCCGCCUCGCCUUCAACUCCCGUUACCUCCACAAUGGUCUCAUCAAACUCGGCUUCAUCACCUACGGCCACCCCGCCUCCCCUAUCGUCCCCCUCCUCCUCUUCAACCCCGGCAAGAUGAACAUGUUCCACCGAAUGAUGAAGGACCGCCAGACGCCCAUUAUCACCGUCGUCGUCGCCUACCCCGCCACGCCGCUCGUUACGAGUCGAGUGCGGUUCUGUGUCAGUGCGGCACAUACGAAGGACGACAUCGACACGAUUUUGAGGGCAUGUGAUGAGAUCGGUGAUGUGUUGGAUUUGAAGCAUGGAAUUCCUCGAAGGGAGAGGUGGAGCAUUGAGGAUAUCACCUCAAGGGCUGUAGAGUUGGCUGCCAUGUUGAAGUAA